UCUUUCUAGGCGCCGGCGGCCCCGAGAGCCGAGCACCGCCGCGAUGGAUGACGAGGAGGAGACGUACCGGCUGUGGAAGAUUCGCAAGACCAUCAUGCAGCUGUGUCAUGACCGGGGCUACCUGGUGACCCAGGACGAGCUGGACCAGACGCUGGAUGAAUUCAAGGCGCAGUUCGGGGACAAGCCGAGCGAGGGGCGGCCGCGGCGCACGGACCUCACCGUGCUGGUGGCCCACAAUGACGACCCCACCGACCAGAUGUUCGUCUUCUUCCCCGAGGAGCCCAAGGUGGGCAUCAAGACCAUCAAGGUCUACUGCCAGCGCAUGCAGGAGGAGAACAUCACCCGCGCCCUCAUCGUGGUGCAGCAGGGCAUGACGCCCUCCGCCAAGCAGUCCCUGGUCGACAUGGCCCCCAAGUACAUCCUGGAGCAGUUCCUGCAGCAAGAGCUACUCAUCAACAUCACGGAGCACGAGCUGGUCCCAGAGCACGUGGUCAUGACCAAGGAGGAGGUGACGGAGCUGCUGGCCCGGUAUAAGCUCCGUGAGAACCAACUGCCCAGAAUCCAAGCCGGGGACCCCGUGGCACGCUACUUCGGCAUAAAGCGGGGCCAGGUGGUGAAGAUCAUCCGGCCCAGCGAGACCGCCGGCAGGUACAUCACGUACCGCCUGGUACAGUAGCUGCCCCCGAGAGGGACCGAGGGACAGCGAGAAUCUGCUUCUGCUCCGGGUCCCCACUGUGUCUGCCCGAGCCC